UCCAGAGCCAUUACUUCAUUCUGUUUAGUGAACCCGCUGAGGUGGUAGUGAGUUGUUUGCUCUUCUGUUAUUUCCAGGGUUGUUGGGAAUUUUGCACGAGAAGUGAGUGGUCUGGAGACAGAUGUGAGAGCAGGAGGAGAUCUCCAGCUGUGAGGAGACCAGAGGAACCAUGGAGUGUUUGUUACCUGAUGUCUCACAGCAGAACUGCACAAAGCCCCUAGAGAUCCCAACUGUACACUGACUGUAGAGUGUUAGGCCGCAGUGAUGCUCUCUACCGAGGCUGUCCGAGAGCUCCAGAUUAAAGAGCGCAAACACAAGAGCAACCUGAGUAAACGGCUGGCCAGGGCGCUGUCUUCAGACCUGAACAGGCUGUUGCAGGAGGAGCAGGAGACGGAUGUGAGUGUGUGUCUGAGCUCAGGUUUCCGGCUCAGGGCCCAUAAGGCUGUGCUGUUGGCGCGAGCUCCUCACCUCCUCCAGGGAACCGCAUCAAAUGCUUCCAUCAUCAACCUGCAGGGAACGGAACCUGCUGCACUCAAAGAGCUCAUUCGGAGAGUCUACACAGAUGAUAAGUGCCUGGGGAAAGGGACUGCUGUUUCUGCUGGACUGCAUGGCCACUCGUUGCUAACAAACGGCACUGUGGUGGAGGAGGAUGGAGAGUUUCACACCAGCGCAGAUCCAGACUCUGUACGUUUAGAGCCAGCCUCUGGGCUUGGUGCUGAUCUUUUGGCCCUGUAUGAACGAGGUGAAUCCUGUGAUCUCAGCAUCCAGGUGGGAGACAGAGUCUUCUCAGCUCACAGGGCAAUUCUUUGUGCUCGUGCUCAGUACUUUCGAGCAAUGUUGUGUGGCAGCUGGAUGGAAAGCUCACGCCAAUGCAUCACGCUACAGGGUCUGGGCCCCGAUGAGAUGGAGGUUCUUCUGCACUUUAUGUAUGGAGCCAUACUGGACCUUCCACCAGGGAGUAAUGUGAGUCAGGUCGUCCUGGCAGCAGACAUGUUGGGUCUGGAGGGACUGAAGGAUGUGGCUGAAAUGGUUCUGACCAGAGACUAUUGCAGGUUCUUCCCGAAGCGUAUUGAAGGAGUGCAGAGGAGUAUACUCGAGUGCCUUGCCAUCAGCCAUUCAAUUGGCCUCCACAAUCUCUACAGCUCGUGUGUCCGAUGGGUAGCUGAGCAUUUUGUGAAGUGCUGGUCAGAAAGGGGCUUCUCCAUCCUUCCUCCUGAGCUACAGCGAGAUUGUUUUAACACAGUCACUAAAAACAUGACGGUGCAGACUGCGGUGUCGGUGCUGUGUGGUACUGAGCAGCUGAUUGGCUCUUUGCCAGAGGUGAAGUGGGCGAAGCAGGUUGUGUGUUUGGCCACCAAGUUACAGGAGCAUUGUUUACACAUCAUUGUCGCACAUCUGCCCCGAGUAAUACACACCACUGCCUUCCACAGCCUCCGCAGGAGGGAGGAGUUUACACGUGACCCAACACUGCUGAGGAAGGUGUGUGUAGCUGUGUGGGAAGGCGUGACCGUGGAGAACUGCUGUGAACUCUUCAGCGCAGUGGACCAACUGAGCGGACAGUCAGACACAGACCUGCUGACAGCAGAAUCAGCCUAUCAGGAGCAAGAGAACCUUGAGCCCUUCAGACGCGAGGUGUGUUUGCUGCGUGCACGGCUCUGGACCUUUCUGCUUCAGUCGGUCUUUGCAGUGAGACACACGAGAGGAUGGGAAACCCUGCAUCCCAGACACCGGGAACGGAUACUCGCAGCUACUCUUGAUACUGGAGACUGCAGAAGACUGAGUAAAAAGCCCGUCUUUUCCAGCUCUCAGCAAAAGCCUGGGAAAUGUCCUUCAGGCUCAUCCUCUCCGUGUGAGAGUCCUCCAACCUCUCGGCCUGUGAAGGCCCCCAGGGGCCCACGUCCCUCUGCUGAAACCGCCGUAGCAGCCACGAGUGCCAUGAAGUCUGAUAGUCUGGGCCCAACAGCUGCCACAAAACCCAAACCUGGCACCACUGACUCAAGCCGGGCCAAGACCAGCAGCCCAGCUAAAAAGAAACCACCCUCCACCACUAAAGCCGUGCUCAACGGCAGCGUUGGCCCCACGGUCCGGCGGGAAAAUUCUACAGCUAAUGGCACAACAGGCAAAUCACUACAGGAAAAAAGUGUGGCACCACGUGCCAGGCCCAAAUCUGCCCACACUGGGGUGACUGGGGCAGCGAGUAAAGCUAAAGCAAGCAAAACCACAGCAUCAGGGAAGGACUCAAUUCAUGACUCCACCUCCGACAGCCUUGGGAAUGCCCAGUGUUCCCAAACCACACCCUCUACAUCGGGCAGUGUCACACCAGAGAGCAGUGUUAGCAGUCCCCGGAAUAACAGCAGCCAAGUUCUCAGGCCAAAACCCCAAGCCAUGGCGACAGCAAAAGCUCCUCUGACCAAACCUGUCCAGAAACCAGAGAAGGACAAGACGAAUAGCCCCAUUAAUAAAGCAAACAAACCCAAGAGCACAUUGAGCAGCAAAGCAAGCAUCAGUAUGGGGGCAGCAGCUCGUACAGAGCCAAAGAGCAAGAGCACUGCUUCAGGAUCUUUCGAGAACAACACUUCCCCACGACCUGGUUCAGUCUUAACCAACAGAAAGCCUGCGUCUCCCAGGAAAGGGGACGAAAAAGAUGGUUCCAAGCUUUCAACCACAAGGAAACCAACAAAACCAAGCACAGAUUCAAAACCACCAAACGCCAAAGCAUCCAAACCCACAGUAUCGUCAUCUAAACCAUCUACAGCUACUACAAAUAAAAGCGGACCCAACAGGAAAAUUCCAGAAACUGCAGCGGCAAAAUCAUCAUCAUCAUCAUCUCCAAAAUCCGUGGUGCUGUCCAAACAAUCCUCGCUUCCUGCCUCCAGAAGUCCAUCUGCUGCAGAGAAGCAUUCGGCAUCUAACACAAAACAUUCAGUGGCCCCACAGCAGCCAGAUGUUACUACAAAGGAAGUAAAGGCUCAGCAGGCAUUAAGACAAGAAGUAACAUUGACUCAAGACCAGAGCCCCAGAGCUUCUGUGUCUGCUGAAGGAGCAAGUCUACCCAAGCAGCAUGGCACUGUUCAAGAUUCUGUACCACAAGCUACUGUAGUAACCUCCAGUGAGUCUUUUGCUGCUAAAGAAAACACUACUCCACCUGUUGAAGCCAGCAGCUCGGACAAGAAACGCACUACAGAACAGAAAACCCUUCAAAGCUACACGAGCCCUUCAACUACAGACAGUCUAAAGAGUGAGGCUAGUGGGAAUAAAGUUCCUCCAGGCCAUACCAUUCUUCCUCAUCUGAGCACUGGAGCUACACAGGGAAUCACUUCCCAGAAUCAGUCCAGAGAGUCAGACUUUCCCCCUGACACACCAUGCAGCCUGGGAAGCACAGACACCCCCCUAGAGGACUCAUGGAAUGGGAUCCACCCUCAUGUCAGUCCUGAAUCGGAGACGGCCAGUGCCACUACAUCCUCGGAUGACAUCAAGCCACGUUCAGAAGAUUAUGAUGCUGGUGGCUCACAGGAUGAUGACUGCUGCUCACAUGAGCGUGGUGCAACUAAAUGUGGGACAAUGCGAUGUCCUGACUUCUUGGGCCGCAGUAGCAGUGAUACCAGCACUCCAGAGGAGCUGAAGAUAUACGAGGGUGGGGCUGGGCUGCGAGUAGAGGUGCGGCUCAGGGGCCGUGACGCAGAGACUACGAGCGAAGAAGAGGCAGGGCGUCGGAGGCCGCUGUCCUGGGUAAGACGUGACGAGGUACCGGUUAAGGAGGAGCCAUGCAAGAUGGAAGACCCUUUAAUAAAUGUGAAGAGUGUGCCAGAACACCAGCUGUUCUCUUCUGAUGAUGAAGAGGAGGAGGAGGAAGAAGAUUCUGAAGAAGAGCGGUCUGAAGUGGAAGUUUUGCCUGGUGGCAUUAUGCCUCCUCAUGCAGAACCUUCACCUCAGUACCAGGGCAUUGUCAACCCGGCAUUUGAAGACGCAGCUGACCAAGAGAACGAGCAUGAAUACCAGCCUACUUCUGGUUUCCACCGCUCAGUACUGCUCUCGGUGGAUGAAUGUGAGGAGCUGGGAUCUGAAGAAGUAGGAAACGGUGAUGUCUUUGAGAGUGACGUGCCUCAAAACACCCAUACCAAAACCUGUUCCCAGAAGCCCACUAGCACAACAAAGGACAACCUUAAGAAUCCACACCCUAAAUCUCUGGUGUUCCAUACAGAGGUCUAUGACUCUCCAGUCCCGGAUGCAUGUGUGCUUAAUCAGUCAAGCCCUUCCCACCCAGACGCAGACUUGAAUGAAGUCCCUCCUCAGGAACGACCCAGUCACCUGAACCUACAGCUGGCUGAACAGUAUGGCAGCUCGCAGUCUAAGCAUACAGAGGGCAAGAGAGCAGAAUUAUGGCUAGACAUACCUGAGGCUCAGGUGACAAGCUCACCUGCCCAAUCCCCAGCAGGGGACUUUGACGGUUGUGACAGAUCGGAUCAAAGCUGUACACAUAACCGGCGCCCGUCUAAAGUCCUGUCCCCCAUUUACGAGAUGGAUGUGGGAGAGGCAUUUGAGCAAAGCUCUGACAUGAACAGGACCAAGGAAGAACCUCAGGACGAGACUCAUAAGGAUGAAGAGGGGACAGAAAAGGAGGACAAGGAAGAGGAAGAUGAAAACACUAAGUUUGCAGAAAGUGACUGGAGCUUGCUUCGGCAGGUCCUAUCUGAGCAGGAGUCAAGUCUGGGCGUGAUAAACCCAGUCCCCGCGGAUCUGAACCUGGCUCAGUAUUUGAUCAAGCAGACCCUGUCACUAUCUCGAGAUUGUGUGAACGAGCAGGCCUUUUCUCAUCACGAGAAAGAGAUUCAAGGCUUCAAGCGCUGGGCUGAGCUCAUCUCUCCAAUGGAGGACUCUACCACCAGCAUCACUGUGACUAGCUUCUCUCCAGAGGAUGCUGCGUCUCCGCAGGGAGAGUGGACUAUCGUGGAACUAGAGACACACCACUGAUGAAGAAAGUACUUUUGUGUAGGCAGUUUUGGAGCACUGUAUUUUCUUCCAGCUACACUGACAUGGAUUUUUUUUUUUAAACUUCCACAUUAACUUAUUUUGCUUAAAAUUCUCUUCUAAGGUACUUAAGGAGUGGAUAAAUGGACUUGAUGUUGAUCUGCAUGUGGACUUUUUUUUGUAUAAUUUACUGUUUUACUUGGUGUCGCUUUGAUCUUUGUAGAAAAAAGUAUACCUGUUGCACUUUCUGUUGAAUAAUUUGUUAAACAAUGGCUUUGAAAAAGGAUUUCGUAUGUGUAGUAAAUAUGGUGCUUUUCAUCCCUUGUUGUCUGUAAUAAAAUGUG